GAAAAUAUCUAAGCUUACAACACUGUUCAUUUCCCCCCAGCUGAUUGAAAAUCUGUAAUAGAAUAGGACAACAUUUUGGGAAAACUAACGUAAAAUGAAAAGCAUCACUUGUGGCAGUUGAAUUAACAACCGAAUUAAUUCACUUUGUUUCGAAGAGUCGAGCGGGAUAUCAGGCGAAGCAGAAAAACGUGUACUACAAAUUCCUGGCGGGUCUAUAGGAAGCAUCAUAAAUAUCUGGUUGGAUCGUGAUGAAGCCCACCCAAACCGGGGGAAGUGGCACCAAGAUGUCCGAGCCGAUCGAGUACGUGACGCUGAUAAGCGACGACUCGGACGGCGAGCCUUCGCCGAAACGGAAUGCUCCUCCGCCCGGCCACACCUCCACCGCCGCAUCCUCGACCGCUGCCCAGAAGCAAAAACCGGUGCCGGAUGACGAUUCGAAUGAUGCGCCCGCUGGCAGCACCACAGCCGGCGACGAGCGGCGCACCAGUAGACGCAACAAGCCCAAGGUGGACUACAGCAACCGACAAGGUGGCAGCGUCGAAAAUGCCAAUACUGAAAAGUCAAACACGGCAACUGUAUCCGGCAAAGAUCAGGUCGAUCGACGCAGUCAGAAUCAAACGCAGGCCCGCAAAUCGGAGGCGAUAUCCACGUCUGUCUCCGGGCAAGCGGCAACCAAUCCGCGACCGUCGCAGAAUGGCGACUCCAAGGAACGGGACGUUGGCACGCCCACUGUCCUUUCCGGCCAGGAGGGCGCCGUCUUUCAGUCCCGGCUGCCCUUCAGCAAGAUGACGCCCAACGAGGAGGCCUGCUUCCCGGACAUCAGUAGAUCUGGUAUUCUGGGCCAUCGCGUGUUCCUCAACAUUCGCAACAGCUUGCUGCACAUGUGGGUGGACAAUCCCAAGGUGCAGCUUAGCUACGAGAAUGCCAUGAAGGCGUUGCCGCCGCCCUUCGACAGCGAACCGAGCCUGGUGAGGCGGGUGCAUUCGUUCCUGGAGCGGCACGGCUUCAUAAACUUCGGAAUCUUCAAAAGACAGCGGCCCAUUCCCACCAAGAAGCUGGGCAAGGUGAUUGUGAUCGGUGCGGGAAUCUCGGGUCUGGCCGUGGCCCAGCAGCUGCAACAGUUCGGCAUGGAUGUGAUUGUGCUGGAGGCGCGGGAUCGGGUGGGCGGACGGAUCGCAACGUUUCGCAAGAACAGCUACAUCGCCGACUUGGGCGCCAUGGUUGUGACCGGGGUCUAUGGGAAUCCCAUGACCAUUCUGAGCAAACAGAUCGGCAUGGACCUGGUGCCCAUACAGCAGACCUGUCCGCUCUACGGGCCGGACGGAAAGCCCGUGGCCAAGGAGAAGGACGAUGUAAUCGAACGGGAGUUCAAUCGACUUCUGGAGUCGGCCAGCUAUCUAUCCCACCGCCUGGACUUCAACUACGCUGGCAACUGUCCAGUGUCGUUGGGGGAUGCUCUCGAGUGGAUCAUCAGCAUGCAGGAGAUGCAGGUGAUGAACAAGCGCGCGGUGCACAUGCAGGAGAUCAUUGCGGCGCAAACGAAAAUAAUCGAGCACCGGCAACGGCUCAAGAGCGUCAAACAGAACAUUGCCAACCUGAAGACCGAGCACCAGGCGCUGCUCAAGCAGCCCAAGCCCAAGGGAACAGCGAACGCUGCGACAUAUGCGCGUCAGGAGUUCAAUAAGAGGAACACCCAGAUCAAGCUGGAGGACACGAUGAAGCUCUACGGUGAGCUCCACGAAGAGGACAAGCGGUUAGAGGCCAAACUGCGCGAACUGGAACAGAACCGACCCAGCGAUGUGUAUCUCUCCUCCCGCGAUCGACUCCUGCUGGACUGGCACUUUGCUAACCUAGAGUUUGCAAAUGCCACCCGACUGAACAACCUCUCGCUGAAGCACUGGGAUCAGGACGAUGACUUCGAGUUCAUCGGCCAUCACACCACCGUCCGCAACGGGUAUUCUUGUGUUCCAGUGGCGCUAACCGAAAAUCUCGACAUCCGCGUCAACAGCGCCGUCAAGGAGAUUAAAUACGGAACGAAUGGCGUUGAGGUCGUGGCGGAAAAUCUGAAAACCUCCAAUUCCCUAAUGUCGUACAAGGCGGAUCUGGUUGUGUGUACUCUGACCCUGGGUGUUUUGAAGUUGGCAGUGGCCCACGAGGAAUCCCAGCAAAGCAAUACGGUUAAGUUCGAUCCCCCGCUACCAGAUUGGAAGCAACAGGCUAUCCGGCGACUAGGAUUUGGGAAUCUGAACAAGGUUGUCCUCUGCUUUGAUCGCAUCUUCUGGGACCCCAAUGCGAAUCUCUUUGGGCAUGUGGGCAGUACCACGUCCAGCCGGGGAGAAAUGUUUCUAUUUUGGAGCAUUAGUUCUUCGCCGGUUCUUUUAGCUUUGGUGGCUGGAAUGUCCGCCAAUAUCGUGGAGAGCGUGACGGACGACAUAAUCAUCGGGAGAUGUAUGUCCGUGCUGAAGAACAUCUUCGGGAACACCUCUGUGCCGCAGCCCAAGGAGACGGUGGUCACACGAUGGCGCAGCGAUCCGUGGGCACGUGGUUCUUACAGCUACGUCUCCGUGGGUUCCUCCGGCAGCGACUACGAUCUGCUGGCCGCUCCAGUGAUUCCGCCCACAUGCAAGGAACCGGAGGGACUGCCGCGCUUGUUUUUCGCCGGCGAGCACACGAUACGAAACUAUCCGGCAACUGUGCACGGUGCCUAUUUGAGUGGAUUGCGGGAAGCGGGACGCAUUGCGGACUACUAUCUCGGCUAUCCGGAAGGCACGCCUCCCGAUAUCGGCUAUUCGGUAGCGGAGGCGGCCAAUUCCGUGUCCGUUGGGAAUGUAGUGAAGUUGAGGGACCUCUCGCCCAAUCUCUCCGACUCGCCGUCGUCCAAGAAGUCCGAGGAGAACUCAAGUUCAAACACUGCCGACUCCGCGGAGCUACAGUAAUCGUGUCUGUGGUCGUGGCUCUGGGUGCUCAGGGCUAAGCUAGACUUAUGUAUAUACCUAAGACUACUCCAUCGCAUGUGGACAACUAUGGAUAGUUAUAGUCGAAAGCAUUAUUUUAUUUAGAGUAGAGAUCUAAGAAGUUAAGAGAAUCAAGAGAAGGGAAGCAAUUACACCGAAAAAAAUUAAUUAUGUAAUAGUUUGUCUUUGAAGUAACUCAAGAGCAUAUCACCCUGAGUUAUGUAAUUUAUUCAAGCCAUUCGAACGGUCUUUAAGUUAAAGUUAAAGGAAUCCCAGCAUAGUAUUUUAGAAAUUCAAUUCCCACAACUCUAAUAACCAGUAUAAUAUUUAUUUUUCAUUUUUUAGUUUACUAUUUCCAUGUAAUGUAAUUAUUAUUUUGUAUAUUAUUCAUCAAUUAUUGUAAUAUAGGGUUUAAAAAAAAAAAACAUUUCAAAUUUAAAAUUCAAGCUUACAGUUUGACAUUUUAAUGGGAAUCUCUCAAAGAGCGAAGGAGUAUAGGGCUUUGUGGGAACUCCACCAUACACAAGCAAGUAAUUUAGUUUUAUUAAAUAAAUUGCAAGUUUUUACUUAUAAAUUUAGUAUAAAAAACAAUGCUGUUUUGUAUUAUAAAAAUUUCAAAUAAAAUUUAAAGAAAAUCG